UAGGCCACCUUUUUUUCUUCAUUUUUUUUUCCUCUCUGGUUCAUAUGAUUAUACCCAGUAGUACAACGACUGUUGUAUGUAAAACGUAAGAGAGAGAGAGAAAUCAGAGAGAGAGAAGAUGGAAGGAAGUUCAAAGAGGAGCUCAAAAGGGAACAAAGAGAAAGACAUGUAUCAUAUUAUACACAAAGUUCCCUAUGGUGAUACUCCUUAUGUCAAAGCUAAACAUGCCCAGCUAGUUGAAAAGGAUCCAGAAGCAGCCAUAGUAUGGUUUUGGAAGGCGAUAAAUGCCGGAGAUAGAGUGGAUAGUGCCCUGAAGGACAUGGCAGUAGUGAUGAAACAACUUGAUAGAACUGAAGAAGCCAUUGAAGCUGUCAAGUCUUUCAGAGGACUUUGCUCCAAACAGGCCCAAGAAUCGCUCGAUAACGUCCUCAUCGACCUAUACAAGAAAUGUGGGAAAAUAGAGGAGCAGAUUGAUCUGCUAAAGCGAAAGCUAAGAUCAAUCUACCAAGGAGAGGCAUUCAAUGGAAAACCCACCAGGACAGCACGCUCUCAUGGAAAGAAGUUCCAAGUUUCUGUUAAGCAAGAAACUUCAAGAUUAUUGGGUAAUUUGGGGUGGGCCUACAUGCAGAAAUCAAAUUUUAUGAUGGCAGAGGUAGUUUACCAAAAAGCCCAGAUGAUCGAUCCAGACGCAAAUAAGGCCUGCAACUUGGCCCUCUGCCUGAUGAAACAGGGCCGAUAUGAAGAGGCAUAUUCUGUAAUUCAAGAUGUAUUACAGGGUAGACUUCCUGGCUCUGAUGAUUGCAAGUCAAGGAAUCGGGCGGAGGAGUUGAUCUUAGAACUAAGAUCCAUGCAGCCUUCACUAGAGCCGCCAGAUCUAGUGGGCCUUGAUGAUGAUUUUGUCAAGGGGCUUGAACAGUUGAUGAAUGAAUGGGGCCCAUUUAGAUCAAAGAGACUGCCCAUCUUUGAAGAGAUCUCUUCAUUUAGAGACCAGUUGGCAUGUUAAAUAGAUUAUUGUUCCUCUUUGGAUUUUUCUUCUUCAUGUAUAUAGGGUGUUUGAAAUGGGGUGUGUGAGAAAAUAGUUCUUUGGGAAUAGAAUAGAAUAAGGUUCCCUUAAAUGAUGGGGCCAAAAAAAAAAAAAAUUGUAAUGCUAGGGUGUAUCUUAGUAAUGGGACAGGACUGUUUGGGAUUGAAAUCCCCUCUCCAAUUUUGAGUAAUUGGAGGAGAUAUUAAUCCGACUGUUUGGGGCGUUUAGUGAAAUUGGACAGAAAUUUCAUCAAUUUUGUUACCUGAUUUACUAAUAAUCUUAUUGUUCAGGUAAUAAAUUGUUGAAGAACCGAAUCCAAUAAAUUUGGUUGUUGUGCCAUAAUAAAGAAGUAGAUGGGAACCAACAUUUGAUUGGUUCCACUUGUUGGUUA